CACUGCACUGGACUCAUGCUUUUAUACCGUCGGUCCUACAGCAACGCGUGGAUUAUUCUCUGGAUUUAUAAACACAUUUCUACUUUUUAUUAAGGUUGACGCAAGGAGAAUCAACUUACUGGGUCUUAUUUUGUCACGCAUCAAGGAGUGUAUUGUGAAAAAAGGCCAAGAAAACUUGAAGGAAUUUCUUUCAAGUAAAGACCUAGUUUGCCUUCUUAAUGCAACUUGUUUGGAGGGGAACCGAGAACAUCUCUCCGGAAUACUCCAAGAAAGUUAGUAAAGGGCACAUCGAUUUGUAUCCGGGAACAGCAGGUGCCUCGGUGUCUCUCGGCUUUGCCGGGGAGAUGUUCCAAGGGUUCCCCGGCGACCUCGAUUCUGGCUCCCGUGGUAGCUCGUCUCCGUCCAUUGAGUCACAAUAUCUGUCCUCUGUGGACUCCUUUGGGAGCCCGCCAACCACCAGCGCUCCACAAGAGUGUGCAUCUACUUCAGGUGGGGCGGUAGGGGUGGGGGCUGGGGCUUGUAGUAGUGGGGAAGGAGGGGAGAUGCCGGGCUCCUUUGUGCCCACAGUGACGGCCAUCACGACCAGUCAUGACCUGCAGUGGAUGGUGCAGCCCAGCCUGAGCUCCGCGGGCCAGGGCGCGGCUGGGACGUCCACCAUGGCGCAGCCAGCCCCCCUGGACACCUACGAGCUGCCGGGCACAAGCUAUUCCUCGGGUGCUGGCUUCACUCCGCCCAGCACUGGCACCGAUGCCCCUGGACCUGUUCGCCAGUCUCGAACCCGCAGCCGGCGCGCACGUGAUGAGUCUCUGACCCCGGAGGAGGAAGAGAAGAGACGCGUCCGGCGGGAACGAAACAAGCUGGCUGCCGCCAAGUGCCGAAACAGACGGCGCGAGCUGACGGACAGGCUGCAGUCGGAGACGGAUAUCCUGGAGGAGGAAAAGGCCGAGCUGGAGGCGGAGAUCUCAGAGCUACAGAAGGAGAAGGAGCGGCUGGAGUUUGUCCUGGUCGCCCACCAGCCGGGCUGCAAGAUUCCGUACCACGAGGAGCAGGCGUCUGCGCAGCUGCAGCCGGGCGUGUCCGUGGUGGGCCUGACUGUGAAAGAGGACACUUUCUACCUGCCUCCCGCCUACACGCCCCACCCCUCCACUCAGCCGCCGCCCCCCCCGCCACCACCACCGCCAGCGCCCCCCCAGCCGGGGAUGAUGCAGGAGGUAGCCUUUUCUAGUUCUUUCUAUGCGCAGAGCGAGCCGGUACUGGGCGGCUCCUGCCUGGCGGCCGGCGCUUGCAGUCAUGACAUCGGCAGCUGCACCCCCUCAUACACCUCUUCAUUUGUGUUCACCUACCCAGAGGGAGCCUGUGGGGUCAACGCGCACCAGCGGAACAGCAGCAGUGAUCAGUCCUCUGACUCCCUAAACUCCCCCUCUCUGCUCGCACUCUGAGAGCCACACACCCGCGCGCAGGCACACACGCGCAGACACGCACACACAGACACACGCGCGCAGGCACACACACGCAGGCACACACACACAGUUAUACAC